AUGUUUCACCCUGACCUGACACCAGAGGACGUGGCUGAGAACUGGGACAGCAUUUUGGGGGAAACUGGGGACGGGGGACAGCUUCUGGAUGUGUUCGAGCAAAGUCAACCGCGCGAAGAACGUCUGAUUGAGGCCAUGCUGGAGGAGGGUAAGAUCCCGGAGCUCACCUGGUUGGCGCAACAGCCAGUUCAAGAUUCCAAUAUGGUGUCGAUGAAGCAAUAG